AUCAUGCUAUUUAAAAAUUGAUGAUCUUUUAGUAUCUUUGUCAGUCUAGAUAUAUGGUGAAGGGGAGUUCUUAAGUGUUACUAAUAUUAUUCAGUUCUCAGAUGCUAUUUACUUGAAAAGACAGUAGGAAAAUAUGAGUUUGAAAUUGAUUUUCCAGUUAACGCAAAGACUCACUAUGGGUAUUAUCAUAAUUCUAAAAACUAUGUUUUAGAUUAUAUGCAUUUCUUUGCUUUGAUGAUUAGGAAAUGAUGAUUCAGUGUAGGUUAUCAGUUUGUUGGCUUUAUCUUUCCAAAUAUUAGGUAGUGCAAACGGCAUAGGCUUUAAAUUUCAGACACCCAUCCCUUGUUAAAUUGUGUGAUAUUUUGCUGGAAACUGUUAAAGAUUGAAAUCAAGUUUGUGAGUUAUUUUCGUUGGCAACUACUACAUAGUCAACUUCAAUGUUACCCACACCUUGAUCGCUCUAUAUUAUCCGUCGAGAUCCUUUAAACAUCUAAUGCAACUUCUUCAGCAACAAAGUUGUGAUCAAUUGCUGAAGCAUUUAACAUUAAAGUUGGAAACAAUAAUCUGUACUGCUUAAAGCUAACUCUAAUUUGAGAUAGCAGAUGAAUUAACUUGUAAAUUAGCAUGUAUUUAGCAGUAUUUGACUAUGUAGUAGUUGUUUAUCAUGAGUUUAGUAAAUAUAUGAAGGUUGUUAUUCAAAUUACCUCACUGUCUUCUAAUGUUAACAACUUGGCUCUGCAGCUUCUGGAAUUAAUCCAUUUUUUAAACUAUUGAUUGUUGACACUUGAAAUGUGGUGAUUUUGGCUAUACUUUUGCCAAGGUAGAAGCUUUAUACUAUUAUUAGGUGUUUCUUUUGUUGCUUUUGGUUAGUUAGAAGUGAACUUGUGGGAUAGUGUUUGCUAUAUGUAUUUGGCCUGUGAGGUCAGCGACUCUGGUGGCUAGCUUUGUGAUUUUCUAGUUGUGGUGACGCAAACAAACAUGAAUUGAGGCUCCAGGCUUAAACUUCUUAUGGAAAUACUAGUAUUUCAAUGAUUAUUGUGAGGUUUGUUCUAUCAAAACCAAGUUGUCUAAAUUAAAUUGGAGAACAAUAAUAUGUAAUCUGUUCUCAAAUUUAUUGCGCCUAUUCAAUCUCAUUUUUUCUUUUUUUUUGGUGCAAAUGAAUAAACUUUAUGUAGUUUAUGUUGGGGUUGAGCCUGGCAUAUAUAAAAGUUGGGAUGAAUGCAAAUCUCAAGUUCAAGGAGUUUCAAAUGCUGUGCAUUGUUCUUUCCUUUCAACUCAUGAUGCUGUCUCUACUUUUGAAGCAUUUAUAGAAGAAAGAAAUUGGUUGGAAGGAAAACUCAUCCUUCCUUGUGAAUCUUGCGGAAAGAAGCAGAAACUCAUGGUUUCAAAUAAAAGGGAGACCAUUGGGAAGCACUACUAUUUUUGUACAGAUUGUGGUGAUGUGACUUAUGUUGAGGAUAUGAGAGAGAAAAAGUGUAACGGUGGGCUAGGCAUGAGUAGUUCUAGCUCAUCAUCAACCAUUAUUCUAGCUCUAGCAGAGAGAUGCAAAGCUCUGGAGGCAGAGGUCCAAACAGUUACACAACAAAGGGAUGUUUGUGAUGAGAGAGCUAAGAUGCUUGAAGAUACAUUGAAUGGUAUUAACAAUCUAAAAUCGGGAUAGAAAUUAGCUUCAACCACCAAAGCAGUAAAAUAUGUAUUUGGGCAAGAAUAAUCCAAACAGAAUGCUAUAAGUCUAAUGUAUGUUAUAAUACCAAAUUAAUGGUUUUCUAAAGGAUUAUGUACUCUUGCUUCAAUGGAAUUUAGUCUUCUAAGAUUUGUAUAUUUUGUUUUGUUUUAGUUUUUGACAAUCUAUGCUCCUUGGAAGCUAGAUUUUAAUAGAGAAUGGUAAUACUUGCCUUGAUAAACAGACAAA